AGCAAACAAUGAUUUACAAACAUCUAAUACUACUGCUAAGCAGUGGCGUGCUUUUGGCACCCGCCGAUACAGCAAGCGAAACACCAAAUUAUAGACUUCCAAAAACACAUUUACCAAACGAAUAUAACUUAACACUUAAAUUAAACUCCGGUACCUUCAAAGGAAAAUCAAAAACAUUUACUGGUACGGUAAUAAUUAACAUCACUGUUCUUGAUAAAUCCAGUAAAGAAAUAAAAUUGCAUGCUGAUAGCACCUACAUAACAGUCAAUAGUGUAAAACUUAAUGGUGUUACUGAAUUAUCUCAUACUAUUGACGUGACAAGCAUACUAACAAUUGAUCUAGGAACAGAAACAACUAAAGAUAGUCUUAGUUUAACAAUUAAAUUUAAAGGUAUUCAUAGAGAAGAUAUGAAUGGGUUUUACCUAAGUAACUAUCAAGAAAAAAAUACUGCGAAAUAUUUAGUAACCACUCAAUUUCAACCGACGCAUGCUAGAUCAGCUUUUCCCUGUUUUGAUGAGCCCGAGUUCAAAGCAACUUUUCAAGUUAAAAUAGAACAUCCUAAAAGUGUAACUGCUUUGUCUAAUACUAAAGGAACAACAACAAAUGAAUGGUUCUCUUCCACUACCACAUUUGAAAAAACUCCCAUAAUGUCAACUUACCUUCUGGCUUUCAUAGUAUCUGAAUUUACCUGUACCGAAUCUAAAACUGAUGCAAUUUCUUUUCCACAUUCUGUUUGCUCGAGAAAUGAAACUAUCGAAAUGAGACAGUUGGCUUUAAUGGACGGACCUUUAAUUUUGGCAGAGUUAAAUAAUUACACUGGGAUCCUAUAUGAAACUCACAUGCACAAAAUGCAUCAACUUGCCAUUCCUGAUUUUUCUGCUGGAGCUAUGGAAAACUGGGGACUUGUCACUUACAGAGAAAUUUAUCUUCUUUGGAGUGAAAAGGAGUCAACAAAUAUAAACAAACAACAAAUAUCGACAGUGAUUGCUCACGAAUUAGCUCACCAAUGGUUUGGAAAUUUAGUUACCACGAGAUGGUGGGACACGACGUUUUUAAACGAGGGAUUUGCCACAUAUUUUGAAUAUUUUAUAACACAUAAGAUUCACCCCGAUUGGGAAUUGGACAAACAAUUUAUAAUUGAUGAAUACCAUUCAGCUUUCGAAGCUGACUGUGUCAUUUCUGCAGGUGCUCUUAAAUCCAAUGUAUCAAGUCCCUCAGAAGUGAGCGCCAUAUUCAACACCAUAUCUUACUCAAAAGGUGGAAGUAUAUUAAGAAUGGUAGAGCACAUAUUAGGAAGUAGCGUUUUUCAAAGUGGUCUGCAAGCUUACCUAAAAGAAAGGAGUUUAAAUUACACUGAACCCAAAUUUUUAUGGGAAAGUUUGAAUGCAGUAUCUCAAAGUUUACUGAAUGACUUGGAUUUAAAUACCGUGAUGAAAAAUUGGGUUGAAAAUCCUGGUUAUCCUUUAGUUACAGUGAAUGUAACAGGAAAUAAAGUUGAAUUGACCCAAAAACGCUUUUUGAUUGGCAAUGAUCCCAAUAAGACGAAUUGGCAUAUUCCAAUAAGUUAUACACAAUCCACUGAUAAAAAUAAAUUUGCCAACACUUUUCCGCAAACGUGGUUAAAACCAAAUGAAUCUCUUAAGUUUGCAGUAAAUGAAAGUUCAGAAUGGAUAAUAUUAAAUAACCAACAUGCAGGAUAUUUCAGAGUAAACUAUGAUGACGUAUCCUGGGAAAAAAUAAGAUUGGCUUUGAAAAAAGAUGACUUUGAUGGCAUUCAUGAAUUAAAUAGAGCCCAAAUAGCCAAUGAUGUUUUUGGUUUAGCCAAAACCGGAUACAUUAGCUACGGAAAGGCCUUUGCAAUUUUAGAAUUUUUGGAAACCGAUGUGUCAUAUUAUUCUUGGUCUUCGGCUGUGUCAGGGUUUAAUUAUUUAUUGAAAAGGUUGGGAACUGGAUCCACUCUGGGACAAUCCAUACAGGCGCAUAGUAGGAAACUAAUAACCAAAUUGUAUGAAUCCGUACCUUUUAGUAAAUUGAACAAUACAGACCACAUUUACACUGCGAAACAAGUAAUGGCGCUUUCUUAUGCUUGUCAAAUAGGAAUAGAAUCUUGUAAAACGGCUGCUUUGGGUGAAUUUGACAAAUAUAAAACUACAAAAAUAAGGCCAGAUCCAAAUCUAAGAAAAAUUGCAUAUUGUAAUGGACUUCGCUAUAGCAAGGACAAGAGUAAUUGGGAAUACUUGUGGGAUUCUUAUAAAUCAACUGAUGAUGCCUCUGAAAAAAUGACAAUAUUGUCUGCACUUAGUUGCACUACAGACAAGGAACUACUUAAUAAAUACUUAGAAUUUUCCAUAGAUUCCAGUUCGGGCAUUCGUUCUCAAGACUCUCUAUCAGUUUUUAGUGCUGUUUACAGUAAUUUUGAUGGUGUUGAAGUUGCCUUCAAUUUUUUGAAAAAUAAUUAUGUCCAAAUUAAGACUAGCUACAAAAGUUUAAAUGCUUUAGUAGCUGGAUUGGCCGACACAUUUACUACAAAUGGGCAAAUAAAUGAGCUUAAAGAAUUUAUUAAAUCUCUGGACACUCAGGAAUACAGUGGAUUCAUCACUGCUGCAAAAGGAGCAUUAAAAUCAGCCGAAUCCAACGUAGAAUGGGUUGAAAAAUAUAAGAAAGAAUUAAAUGAAUACUAUGGAAUUCCACAACCAGGCAGCUCAUGUAUUUUGAUGAUAUCAGUUAAUGUUUUUGUUAUAAGCCUUAUUGGAUUAUUGUUUUUAAUAUAAUGUAUGUAUAUAUGUAUAAAUUAAUAUAAAUGUUUGAAUAAAACAUACCUA